AUGCCUUCCAAAAUCCAGCUGGAUGAGAAUCUCUAUUUCCUCUAUACCUGUCUCCAAAAAUCAGAUAUGAAGUUUAUAGACUUCCACGCAGUCGGCGCCGCAACUUCUCUCAAAGCACCGGCAGCCCGGAUGCGGUACACCCGUCUCCGCCGACAAAUCGAGAGCGGGACAGUGGCAGGAGCACAUGGCCAUUCUCCAGCAGCUGAGGAGACAGAAACCAAGCCCAUCCGGAAACGCAAACGCAAAGAUUGUGAUGCAGACGACAUCAAUACCAAGAAGAAGGAGGACGCCAGGAGAAAAGAGACCGAACGAGAAACAGCGGAUGAAGCUGAUGCAGAAGCCUCGAACUCCUCAGAAUCAGACUCAGAAUCCAACAUGCCGCUUUCUAAACUAGUUGCGUUAAAGCACAAUUCAGCAUACGCAAGCCCGUAUCCACUAGUUCCGUCUUGGACACAGGUACCUCAGGGAGGUGUUUGGGGAAAUCGGGGCCAUGCUACACUACCUAUACGUGGAGGUACCCCAGGAUCACCUACUUCAUAUCACGGCCAUGCCACGCAAUCAGGAGCCAGCGCAGGGAACGUCACAAGAUUGAUUCACCCAAUCCCUGGUUUGCGAGGAAUGGGGGACCAAUCACCAAACUAUAGGUUUGCACACCCAUCGACCUCCUUGAAUGCUUUUGGUCGUCCAUUUGCGCCUGGUGCUUGGGGCGUCCCGAUGUCGCCGCCACCGAAUCCGAAUGAGUAG